GAUUACCUAGCUCGCUGUCUGCGCCCGUCCUCACACCACGACAAUCAUCCCAUCCUCCUAGACAGAAAACGCCUCCGAUAAUGGACCAUUUGAUGGAUUGGGAACACGGCUCACCGCGCCGCCCACAACCACAAUGUCCAGCCAUGAGGGGUUAUGGUGGUCGGCCUCCUUCGCAAUACUAUGAUCCCGUCCAUCACGCAUCGGCGGGUUGGUAUCCCCAUCAGAGGUCGACCUCUGCCUCGGACCCGUCGUCAUGGGCCCCACAAGCUUCCAUGAAUAACCCCUUCGCCUACCAGCUCGGCCCCGGACCGGCCCCCGGAUUUCCUAUGAGCAUGAACAUGAAUAUGAGUGCUCCCUAUUCGCCGUUCGGCCCUCCUCCGAUGGAUAACAUGCAUCGGCAUGCACAGAUGCAGCAGUCGCAACCACCUUCGCAUCAUUUGCCGAACCCCGCCAACACGGCUGCGCCGCCGACAAUGUACUCAGAAAGAUCAUUUUCGGUCAUGCCAGCCAGCCCACGAGGCAUGAACUAUCACUACCAAGCAUCUGCUGAUUCGCCUGCGGAGAGUUCAAAUCAUGGACCGCAGGAACUGCAAACGCGUGCGCCGAACUCCAGCCACACAAUACAGUUCGGCACCGCACCCGCCUUUUCCUCGCAGCGUCCGCCAGCAACCUUUGUGCCUCUUCGAUCCCGGGUUCCCCAAGCCUCCCCGUCUGACGCAAGGUCGUCCAUCGAUUCUGGACCAUCCGCGGCGCAUUCUGAACGCCAACCCGAAACACGACGUCGUGCAGCCAGCGGUAGACGGGCACGUGGAUUCAUGUCGUCACGACUUUACCCGCCAGCGUCAGAUGGUAUUGGUCCAGGGGAUGGGCUUUUGGGACACUACCUAGGGCGAGAUGAUGACGAGGACCUACGGGUGACCCAGCUAUUGCGCGGAUCGAUUCGUACGAAGCAGGUUGUUUCUUCUGCCGCAAUUCGGUCACUUCAGAGCGUGCCUCUCUCCGAACUAGAUCCCCAUGAGAUGACCUGCGUCAUCUGCUACAACGACUACGGUGUCGAGACGCCCGAAGGGCUCAAAGAAGCACCACUCCGGCUGCCCAAGUGCAAGCACGUUUUUGGAGACCACUGCAUCAAAAAAUGGUUCGAGGAUUCGGACAGCUGCCCGUAUUGCCGAGACAAACUGCAAUCUGAGCCGCGCGUGACUGCAGGACCACACCAAGAGUAUAUCCGCGAUAUGUUGCGUGCCCAGGGACGGAUCCCUAGAGGGGUACAUACCAUGACGGCAUCUUCUGUGGCAAGGGCUCUAGUCGCUCAGCAGCCAGGCGUUGCCGAGAGGAACCCAACACAUUCGCAGGCACACGGCGCAGGACCAGAGCGACGAUCGCCACCCACAGAUGAUGAGGAGAGCCACCGACGACAGCGCCCGCGGCACACGUCCUGGGGCUCUGGACUCACAGUGCAGCAGCAACAACAGCAGCAGAGCGCAACAGGGCGGCCUGGAAGCAUGACUGAUGUACCACAAGAAGCAGGCACUGCAGAGGGUCAUUGGCUGGCGGGAUCACACACACACCGCGCGGUAACGCCGCCGGCGAUGCCGAGCCUGGCAGGCGGGCGAGGGUGGGUACAGCAGCCACCGGAACCGAACCAGACAGGCGGCUGGACAGGUGCGCCAUUCGAGACAAGCAGACCGUUUUACGGGUCGCUCAACAGCCGGUGA